CCUGUCACCCCAGGGGCUGGUUGCGAGGAGGAGCGGGCGCCAUGGCGGUUCUGCUGGAGACCACUUUGGGCGACGUCGUCAUCGACCUGUACACCGAGGAGCGGCCGCGCGUUUUGUUUUUCUUUGAGUUUGACACUCUCCAUGUGGAGCAGCAUUUGGCAAGGAAUGGACCUUUUUCCCUAGAAUUAUGAGGAACUGAAAGAGAGCUUGCUUGAAUUUCCUGAAGUUGUGCAAAAUAAAAUAUUACAAUUAUUGCCUUAUUCACAAUGUCCAGAGGGAUUUUAUCAUACAGACUGGUGAUCCUACAGGGACCGGACGUGGAGGAGAAUCAGUUUUUGGUCAACUGUAUGGUGAUCAAGCAAGCUUUUUCGAGGCUGAAAAAGUGCCAAGAAUUAAGCACAAGAAGAAAGGCACUGUGUCCAUGGUGAACAAUGGCAGUGAUCAGCAUGGAUCUCAGUUUCUUAUUACAACAGGAGAGAAUCUGGAUUACCUUGAUGGUGUUCAUACAGUGUUUGGUGAAGUGACAGAAGGCAUGGACAUAAUUAAGAAAAUUAAUGAGACCUUUGUUGAUAAGGACUUUGUACCAUAUCAAGAUAUCAGGAUAAAUCAUACAGUGAUUUUAGAUGAUCCAUUUGAUGAUCCUCCUGAUUUAUUAAUUCCUGAUCGAUCACCAGAACCUACAAGAGAACAACUAGAUAGUGGUCGAAUUGGAGCAGAUGAAGAAAUUGAUGAUUUCAAAGGGAGAUCAGCUGAAGAAGUAGAAGAAAUAAAGGCUGAAAAAGAGGCCAAAACUCAAGCUAUUCUACUAGAAAUGGUGGGAGACCUACCUGAUGCAGAUAUUAAACCUCCAGAAAAUGUGCUGUUUGUUUGUAAAUUGAAUCCAGUGACCACAGAUGAAGAUCUGGAGAUAAUAUUCUCAAGAUUUGGGCCAAUAAGAAGUUGUGAAGUUAUCCGGGAUUGGAAGACUGGAGAAUCCCUGUGUUAUGCUUUUAUUGAAUUUGAAAAAGAAGAAGAUUGUGAGAAAGCAUUCUUCAAAAUGGACAAUGUGCUUAUAGAUGACAGAAGAAUACAUGUGGACUUUAGCCAGUCUGUUGCAAAGGUUAAAUGGAAAGGAAAAGGUGGGAAAUACACCAAGAGUGAUUUCAAGGAGUAUGAAAAAGAACAGGAUAAACCAUCUAAUUUGGUUCUGAAAGAUAAAGUAAAGCCCAAACAGGACGCCAAAUACGAACUUGUACUGGAUGAGCAGGCAGAAGACGCGAAGGCGAGUCACUCACACACAAGUAAGAAACACAAGAAGAAGACCCGCCACUGCUCUGAAGAAAAAGAAGAUGAGGACUACAUGCCAAUCAAAAGUACCAACCAGGAUAUCUACAGGGAAAUGGGCUUUGGUCACUAUGAAGAAGAAGAAAGUUGUUGGGAGAAGCAGAAGAGUGAAAAGAGGGACCGACCUCAGGACCGAAGUCGCAGCCGAUCUCGAGAAAGGGAUGGCCACUAUAGUAACAGUCACAAAUCCAAAUACCAGGCAGAUCCCUAUGAAAGAGAAAGGAGUAAAAAGAGAGACCGAAGCAGGAGUCCCAGGAAAUCCAAAGAUAAAGAAAAAUCCAAGUACAGAUGAAAGUGGAUCAAUCAGACAUGAAUGCUAAUAUAUUUACUCUUGUAUAACUUGGAGUACCAGAUGUUCAGAUUUCGUGUCAGAGCAGUUAAAGACUCUGCUUGUUAUUUUUUUUCACAGUAGGAUUAUGGCCCUUUUAGAUUAACACUGAUUUUGUAGGGCGCUGAAGGACAAUAAAGAAUUGAACAUUUUCUUUGUAUACUUUUUUACACUAAUUUUAUUGUUAUACAUAAAUCAGUAGUUUUCAUUUUUAAAGUCUUUCAUAUUUUCAGUCCUUAUUUUUAAUGAAGUAUUUCAUACCUGCAAAAAUACACAAUCAUGUAUAUAUAAGGUAUAAAGAAUAAUAAAUGUGUACCAAUCAGCCAAUUUAGGAAAUGAAUAUUGCUGGCAUUUUAAAAGUGCCCUCUCCUCAAAUAAUUAUUAUUUUGAAUGUUGUGUUUGUCAUUCUCUUGCUUGUUACAGUUUUACAACAUAUGUAAGUAUCCCUAAAUGAAGUACUAAGUUUUGUAUUUUUUUGAAUUUUAUAUAAAUAGUAUAAUGUGUGUUUACUUCUGUGACUGGCUUUUUUCAACUUAGUGUCUUCUCAAAGUCAUCCACUUUUAUUGCUAUACUGUAUUAUAUGACAAGUUGUAAUUUAUCCAUUCUUCUGUUGAUGGAUGUUUGGGGUUUUGGGGGUUUUUUUGUUUUUUUUUUUUUGCUGUUGUACACAGUGCUGCUAUAAACAUUCUUUAUCUAGGAAUAAUUUACUUGGUUAUGUGAUAUGGAUAUUUUCCUCUUUAUAAGAUAAUGCCAAAUUAUAUUCUGCAGUGGCUGUACCAGUUCAUACCCCUAGGCACUAUUUGAAUUACCUUUGUUUCACAUGAUAAUAUUUCAUACCAUAUUUCACAUCUAGUACUUGCUAAUUUCAGACUUUAUAAUUUUGUCAAUCCAGUGGCUGUUGAGUGGUAUAUUAUUAGUUUCCAGCGAGAACACUACUAUUUUUCUUACAUUUGUUCUUCUAUAUAAAAUUGUUUUUAUUCUUUUUCUCUGGUUGCUUUAAAGGUUUCUCUUGAUCACUGCUGUUGAGCACUUUGAUUAUGAUGCGCUUGGUAUAGUUUUUGUUUGUUUUCCCCUUCAUGUUUCUUCUGCUGGGACUGUUUAUCUGUAGGUUUAUGGUUUUCAUCAAAUUUGGAAUUUGGGGGGCUUUUUCAUGACAUUUUCUUUGUCUCUGUCCUUCAUUUCUUCCCUCUGGGCCUCUUCAUUGUGUGUUAGACCACUUGAAACUGUUGCAGCAAGUGCUCUUGUGCUCCGUUUUGUUUUCUGUCCUUUUUUCCCUCUGUCUUCCAGAUGGGUUUCAGUCGCAUGUCCUCAAGUUCAUUAGCCUUUUCUCCUGAAGUAUCUAAUUUCUUGUUAAUCCCAUCCAGUGUAUUUUUCACCUCAUAUAUUAUAUUUUUAAUCUUCAGAAGUUCCAUGUGGGUCUGUCUUGUAUCUUCCAUGUCUCUCCUUCCAGACUCCUGCUUUCCUCUUUUUUUGUUUUUUGUUUGGGACAUCUGACAUGUAUUUGUGAUUACUAUUUUGACCUUUCUAUCAUCUACCAUUUUUUGUCUGUUUCUAUUGAUUUUUUCCCCUCUCUUUAUUAGGUUGUAAUUUCCUUCUUUGCAUGCCUGAUAAUUUUUGGAUUUUACAUUGUUGGGUGCUAGAGCUUAUUCCUUUAAAUAUGUUGAGCUUUGUUCUGGGAGAUAGUUAUUUAGAAACAGCUUGAUCCUUUCAUAGCUUGCCUUUACACUUAAUGAUCUAGGACCAGAACAGCCUUUAACCUAGAGCUAGUUGGGCUCACUGCUGAGGUAAUAACCCUUCUGAAUAAUCCUCCUCCUGCCUGGUUUAUAAUGAGCUUUCUCCACGCUGGCUAUGGAGAAUGAGAACUAUUCUGAGCCCUGUAUGAACUUGACUUUUACCACUUACUCCUUUCUGGUGGUUCUUCCCCACCUUUGGGUCGUCUUCUCAAGUGUAUACACUGUUUAGCUGAAGCCUCAGGGGAACUCUGCAGAAUUCUCCCUCUGUAGCCCCCUCCUCUCUCCCGUGCUCUGUGUAUGUAUGUAUGGGUCGCUCAGUCGUGUCCGACUCUGGGACCCCAUGGACUGGGGCCUGCCAGGCUUCUCUGUCCAUGGGAUUUCCCAGGCAAGAAUCUGGAGUGGGUUGCCAUUUCCAAUACUCUGCCCUACAGAUUUUACCUUGGUGUCCCAAAUGCUCCGCCAGGGGAACGCCUGGGCUCUCCCUGCAGCUAGUCCGGGCAAUGGUAGGACUUUCCUGUUUGUUCUCCUCUCAAGAGUCACUGUCGUGCACAGUUGUCCAAGUGUCCGAAAAAGUCUGUUGUAUAUAUUUUGUACAGGUGUUGCAUUGGUUAACAUGGAGAAGGGAAAUCCUGGCCCUGUUACUCCAUUUUGGCCAGAGUGGAAGUCUUAUUGUUUGAAUGUGCAUUUCCUAAA